CUUGCAUUAUGAUAUACUCCGCGCUUGUUAUGUUCGGUGCUUUCAGUAAUAAUUAUUCACAUACUCAAUUCUGUCGAUGAUUUAAUUUUGUUACGCGAAAGCCAAGAUUAUAUUUAAACUGGCUUUAAUAAAAACCCGCUUUUUGAAAUGAAAACCAAUACAGAUAACACCUCCUUUGAACUUGUGUGAGGGGAACACGUGAAUUGAAAACUAAUUCUUGCUGGUGGCGCGGGCGUGAUGCUCACCUGCACACCACAUUGUCUUCGAUCUAAGACAUAACAAAUGAGUCUCAGAUAGUCAUUCGUUAAUUUUUCUCGAAAAUCUUCGAAACUAGGGUACUCCAAACAUUGCAAAUGGUUGUUGGGGUGUUUUAGAUCACUUUCAUUUCAUACAGAACCUUCUUUUUCCAGCAGCUUCGGUCUAUAACUAGGCAAAGAAAAAAUUUUGAGAAAAUCCAAUCGCUUGAACCCCACCUUGAAUAACCUUUGUACGCACAGCUGUUACCACGAACCACAACGCGCCACAACCUCGCUUCUGGUUGGUUGACCUAAACUGUGAUAGAAUUCAAUGCUAACCAUUUUCACCCUAACCAACGUGUGGGUCAUUAGAAAUAAUAUCAAAACAAUCUUUACAAAGGCUUUUUGGUCUCUUGUUUACAUUUUACAAUAUACGUUUUAUUUUCCGGUGACUAAGAGGCGAAGAAGCGAAGCUGUAAAAUCCUUUCAUAUAAGAAAACAUCUCCAAAAUGCCGCAAAGUUUUGUAACUUUGAAGAAGGAGCCCCGACCAACGCACGAUCCGCCGUUUACGUUGAAGGACUUGAAAGCUGCCAUUCCGUCUCACUGUUUCGAGAGAUCCACAUUGAAGUCCUUCGCUUAUGUUGUUUGGGAUCUAACGAUAGCGUGGUCGUUAUAUUUAAGCACGGGCUACUUCAACCAUCCUUAUCUACCUUCCUGGGCGUCUUAUAUUCUUUGGCCUCUCUACUGGGUCUUCCAAGGCUGUGUUUGCACUGGUAUCUGGGUUUUGGCGCACGAGUGCGGCCACUAUUCGUUUUCCGACAGCAAGGCUGUUUGUGACUACACCGGGCUUGUAUUACAUUCUGCGCUGCUUGUGCCGUAUCAUUCAUGGCGGAUAAGUCACGCAAAACAUCAUCGAAGUACAAAUGAUAUGGACCGCGACGAAGUAUUUGUACCCAGUACAAAAGAAGAGUUGAGUAAAGAUGGAUUAGCAGCUCUGUCUCCCACCUGGAACCUUUUAUCCCUGUUAAAAAUGUCGCUGUUUGGUUGGCCUGGCUAUCUAAUGUUCCACGUCGCAGGACGUAAAUACCACACCCACACAGAUCACUUCAACCCAAAAAGCCCGAUUUUUAGCGACAAAGACUACGAAGACAUUGUUAUCAGUGACAUUGCAUUGGUGGUGUGGAUCGGUUUCCUUGGUUGCUUGGCUUACGUGAAUUCUCCCUUAUGGCUUCUAAAGGUAUACAUCAUCCCUUAUCUCAUCGUGAAUUUCUGGCUAGUCUUUAUCACUGACUUACAACAUUCGGAUGCUGCCGUGCCUCACUAUAGAGGCCAACAGUGGAACUGGCUUAAGGGGGCACUGUGCACCGUGGAUCGGAAUUACGGAAUUCUGAAUCAUGUUUUCCACCACAUUGGAGACACACACAUUGCUCAUCACCUGUUCUCUCAUAUACCUCACUACCAUGCAGUUGAAGCCACAAGACAUCUAAAGAAAGUUAUGGGAGAGUUUUAUUACAAAGACGAAACACCGAUUUUCAAGGCUAUGUGGUUGACUGGUAGAUACUGCCGUUAUGUCGAAAACUCAGGUGACAUUUUGUGGUUUAAGCAUGAUUAACUUCUGUCGUUAUAUUAGCGUCAAGGAUAAGACUUUUUUGUGUAAGAUCCCAGCAAAUAGUGUGGAUCACUAGAUAUUAAAUUACACACUCAGCUAAAUUUAUUUAUUUAGUUCGGUAUUUCCAUAAAGUUUUGCUUAGCCAGGUAUGGAUGCAGCCGCGAGGAAAGAAACUCUAAAAUUUGAAAACAUUUAUUGGCAUUUUUAUGGCUCAGGGUAAAUGGCAUUGGCUAAUAGUCGAAAGAUCGUUCUACCUACCAUCUGAGAAAUGACUUGAAAUUUCCUCUAAUUACCAUCUCGUUGGUUUAUUUUUGCCAAGGGAUUUCUUUCUAUUGGUACUGAAAUUUAAAUUUUUUUUUAUUUUCCAUUUUUGAGAAGGGCCUAUUUUACAUCUUAUGGAAAACGUUUUCAAUUUCAUCCGGAAAUUUUCAUUACCUGAGCGUCAAGUUCAGUCACCAUCAAACAACUCCUGCAAUAUCAAUGUCUAAGUGAAAAUGAAUGGUAGGGAUUUCUAUAAGCAGGUACCAGUUCUUUGCUAUUACACUUUGUUAUUACACAAAAUGAAACUAGAAGUCGAGCAAAUAGUUACUUAUCAGCAUGGACAUUAUGGUAUUUUGAAUGUUAUGAAAACAUUGUUUUUUUUUAACUUUAGAGAGAAAUCUAUGGAAGGAGUUCGUUCGGUACAUCUCAAAUAAAUAAAGGCUGGUAGUUUCGAAAGAAACUGUUUGGGGCUGCGUCGGUGAGA